GCGGCCGCCUCCACAUCUUCCGAUGAACUGGGCAAUGCUCACCUUACAACUUCCUAGGCUAGGCCCACACAACUCACUUUAGAGAGAUGCGGCAGUUAACAUCGUUUGACGCUCAUAUUGCUUGCGCGCGGCUGUGUGGUCUUCCCUUGCCAAUACCUGUCGCGCAUUUGGAAGACUGACUCCAUUCCAAGGCCCAAGGCCGGCAGGCAGCCUCCGCAAGGGGUUGUCGCAGACUAAUCGGCGAGUCCUUUGAUCACUCAACCUCAAUGAUGCUAAUCAAUAGGGUUUCUAAAGCCGAUUUUUUGUGUAUAAGUUGUGGCUCUCGACCCUCUGCCGAGAACCUUUCCGUUAUCUUCAUCGCACUCUCUAACCUCACAAACCACUCGCUUCUCUACAGUCUCUACAAUUUAUAGCAACGUCGCCACUGCAUCUCUUUGCUUCUGAUACCCAAAAAUCGUGGCCAAUCAAGUCGCAUCUUAACAACUCGCCAAAAUGCACGCCCGCAACGUUCUCAUUCUCGCCCUUGGCGCUGUCGCCUCCGCCCAGAAGUUCGUAGACUUCCCCACCAGCUUGACCUGCAAGACUGGCGCUGGCGGCAAAGAAACUGCCACCAUUUCAAAGAUCGAAGCCCAGGAUGCCGUGAAGGGCCCCAACGGAACCAAGCAGGACGACUCUGCCGCCAACGUUGCUUCUGGCAAGUGCGUCAGCCUCUCUGGCAUACCCUUCUACGGAGGCGGCGUUUCUGGCAAGGGAAGCAUCUACUUCGCUUACGAUAAGGCGAAGGAUACAUACUACUUCUGCUCGGCGCAAGGAGCUGUUGACGAGUCGGGAUGGCCCUCUUCUUGCACGGAGAACUAA